GGUAUGCCGUUUUUUAGGGCAUUUUGUAAAACGCACUACUUCCACAUUACCGACCACGCUGCCGCAUAAUAUCAGGCAUCUGUACAAAAUUAGUCGAUCACCGUCGCUGGUCGAAGUGAAGCAAGCACACAGAGCAGGGAGACCAGGCACAUACAGCGUCCAGGGACCGGGGUUCAAAACCGAAGCGAGACUUCCAGCGGAAAUAGAAAUAAACCGCCGCCUAAAGAUUAAUUAUACGUGAAAAAAAAACAUAAGAAAAAAGACAUCAAGAUGCCCAACGACACGGUAAUUAAGGUGCAGGAGUACAAGAACACCCUGAUCCAAAAGGCGGAGCUGCUGAUAACCAAGCGCUUCCCGGAGAAGAUCGUCUCGCUGAACGAACUGCUGGCCACGCCAAUGUUCAACGAGCGUAACUUCGAUGAGGUGCACCAGGACCUCAAUAUCCCGGCCCUGCCGCCAGUUCUAGUGAAGCAAGAGUCCGCCGCCGAGGAUGGUGAUCAUCCGCCGACAAAGCGUGCCCGCAACGAUGUCCUAAUUACCGGUGUGCCGGUGCUGGCACUGCCCACGGGCACGGUGCCGUGCAACAAGCCGCUGUGCGAUAUGAUCAAGGUGGUCAAACCCAUCAUCCGGAAGCUGGUGGAAGAUUCCAAUUUGCUGAAGAUGUGGAUUUCGUUUAUGAUUCCCAAAAUCGAGGAUGGCAACAACUUUGGGGUUUCCAUUCAGGAGGAUACUCUGGCCGAGAUCCAAACGGUAGAGUCGGAGGCAGCCGCCUUCUUUGAUCAAAUCUCGCGAUAUUUCCUAUCGCGUGCCAAGGUCGUGUCCAAGGUGGCCAAGUAUCCGCACAUUGAUGAUUAUCGUCGUGCCGUCGUCGAGCUGGACGAGAAGGAGUACCUCAGUCUGUGGCUUGUGGUCUGCGAGGUGCGCAAUCGUUACUCCUCGCUCCACGACACAGUCAUUAAGAACUUGGAGAAACUGAAGAAGCCGCGCUCCUCCAAUGCGGAGAGCCUCUACUAGGUACCUCUCUGUGGUGUGCCUCUCUCAUCUCUUUUAUCACCUCUUUAUUUUUUUGUCCCCACUUCUCUCUCUCUCUCUCAUAAAAUCCAUAGAGCCCGAACGGACGGACAGCGGUUUUCGUCGCGAUUCUACAACUCGAAAGAUGUCUAAAAAUCGGUUUUCAAGUCGAAAAGUUCAAGUUUUCAGUUAAAAUUUAGAGUCCGGGAAAGGUUAGAUUACAAGACAAACCGAUGCUGUAUAGAUUCCACUAAAUAGCUGUAGCCGCAAAAUACAUUUAAAUAAUAAAAAAAAAAAAAAAAAAAAAAAACAGACAGCCGACUUAAAAUCCUAAGAAAGGAAAGGUCCUAGCGCUCGACAGUUGAAAGAAAAAUACAAAAUCAGUUUGUAAUAAAACAUAGGCCUUUUCAUCUUUUUGGCAGAGUAUUAAAAAUA